ACUCAGGAUUGUGAAAUAACGAGGAAAUUCGGGACAUUUGCAUGUCAAAGAAAGACAUGUUACAAGACUUUAUACGCAUUGUGUGAACAUGAGACCGUAACAUUGGUUUUCUGUAGAAUUACUUUCCCAGGACAAGGCAAGGCCCAAGUUCUUUUCCAAUUCACCUCAACUUCAGUCAGUCUCCAUGGUCUCCGGCCAGGCCAAGGCCAAGAAUCAGUGCUGAGGCCGACAGCGAGGAAGGUUUUGAGAGAGGUAGUGCAUGUUGAGACAGUUACAAAUAGGUCUAGAUCUACAACUACGGUACAAGACAAAAUAAUAAAAUGGAGGUGAUGGAAGAACCAGAAGAAGAACACUUGGAAGCCACUGCAUCUUUGGUAGCUUCACAGUUACAACCUCAGCUCAGCCCUUGGGAUCCUAUCAAAUGCAAGGAUUGGGAAUCUCAGAAACCGAGUCAGUUGUGUCUACUUCGAAUAAAAAGGGACAUCAUGAACAUCUACACUGAGCCACCAUUGGGAAUGUGCAUUGUACCCGAAGAGGAUAUCACAAGGAUACAUGCGCUUAUAACAGGUCCAUUUGAUACCCCUUAUGAAGGUGGUUUCUUCCACUUCUUUAUAAAGUUUCCCCCUGACUACCCUAUCAGGCCACCAAGGAUCAAGUUAAUGACUACUGGAGAUGGGGCUGUCAGGUUUAAUCCUAACCUCUACAGGAGCGGUAAAGUCUGCCUUAGUAUUCUAGGAACUUGGAGAGGCCCAGCAUGGAGCCCAGCUCAGAGCUUAUCUAGUGUGCUCAUGUCUAUACAAUCUCUGAUGAAUGAGAAACCAUAUCACAAUGAACCAGGAUUUGAACAAGAACGUCAUCCAGGUGAUUGUCAGAGAUAUAAUGAUUGUAUCCGUCAUGAAACUAUCAGAGUAGCAGUUUGUGAUAUGAUUGAACAUCCUAGUAAACACAUACCACCUGAACUACAGCAAGUAAACCGGACAUCAUUUCCUGAUUUUUAUGACUAUUAUGUUACCACGGUACAGGAGAGGAUGCAUCUAACAGGCCAGCCUAUGCAGGAUCCAUUUGGUGAGAAGAGAGGAAUGUUUGACUACACAACUCUCCUGAAGAGACUCAAAGCCAUCAAAGAAAUUCUAGAUGAAGCUGCCCAAAUGGAAGUAUCUUCAGACUCAGAAAGCAGUGGAGGGUCAGACCUAGAUACCAAGCUCUCUGGACCAGAUACAAGUAGUUGAUAUUUGAGAGAAAUCUGUUCUCAAACUCAUCUACAUGUGUCAUGGUCAAGCAGUUUACAAAUUGGUGAAGCUGGAAAAAAACAGUGACAGAAAAUAAUUAUGUAUGGAAACCAUUGGUAAAUUGUAUAGGCUGCUACUACAUGUAGCUUCCUUAUUUGUUUAACAGACCUUGGCUGCAUCUUGAAUUCAGCUUACUACAUCAUGGUUAGAACAAGGCCUUAAAGGUCUAAUACCAAUGUAUUAAAUUAUGAAGAAAAAGUGAAAUCUUUUCUAUGUAGUAUUGAAGCAAGAAAGCUAAAUCUCUGCAGUAGAAAGAAUGAGUUGGGUGAAAUUCUUUUUGAAAAUAUUCUCAACAUAAUAUGAGUUCAGCAGGGAAGCGAUUUCCAAGGUUAUUUUGAUGCAGGAGUUACCUUGUUUGUUUAUAUAUUACUUGCCAAAUACAAUUAUCUGUUUUCCUUUGUUUGUUUUUUCCCCCUUUUUCUCAUUUAGAUAUGAAGACUGCCAUUUUUUUAUAAGAAGAUAAUAACAUAUAGAUAUAUGGAUGACUUUUUGAUCAUUUUUUCAGAAUUAUUGAACUAAAGGUGUGCUUUUUAUAGUCAAGGACAAAAUGAGGAUAUUUUUUCUUUUUCUUAAAUUUGAUUUGUGAAGAAUAACUUUAAGGUCAAUCUUAUGCAUUUAAAUCUGAAAUGAUGAAUUAUUACAGACACCUACACCCUUUUUUUGCCUAGACAAAGAAAAUGUGUAGUCUGCCUCAGCCCAAAAAGGCGUUUACCGGAGGCAUCGGCCCAGAUUUAACAAAAUAGUUUUAAACAGGAGGGGUAUAAAACAAAAGACUAAGCAGAUUGUAUGCAAUUGCACUUGAUGCAACAUGUGCACUGAGAAAGGUCCAAAAUUAAAUGUGUGAUUUUUGCUUAGGGGUCUAAAGAUGAACAAUACACUAAAUUAGGGCACUAAAUAUGAGCACAAUGAUGCAUGAAAUCUGUGUAAUCCAUGGUACCCCCUCCUGGUUUAAAUUUCUUUUGUGAAUUCAGCUCAUUAUGUUUUUGGGUUGUCUAUCAGUAUGCCUGUCCACCUGUCUGCCCUACUUUCAUUCGCGUGAUUUCUAAAGAUUUCUCAAGAACCGUUUAGGAGAUUCAAUUCAAACUUGGUUCAUGUAUUUAUAGGAGUGGCAAUGAUCUAACUACUUUGGGGUUAUGAGGUCAAAGGUCCAAGAGGUCAUUAUAUACCAGACAAAAUCUUGUUCUUGCGAUAACUAAAGAAAACGUUUUAGGGUUCCACUUCAAACGUAGCUGAUAUAUGCAUAUAUGAACUUAAGAAGGAUAUGAUCUGAUUACAGUUUGGGGUUAAAGGUUGCGUGGGUCAUUACAUACCAUUGAAAUAUCUUAUAUUCACAAUAA